AUGUACGGGGAUGAGCGAGACAACUACCCAUGCCUCUACAGCAUUUGCGAUGCCCGCCAUCAGUUCCAGACAGACUUCUUCCAUACGACCAUCCCAUACUUCUUCGAUGAUGAUGAUAUGGAGCUGAACCCAUAUGUGGGCUUCACCCAGUGCCCGCAGUUCUUCCAUGAGAUGCAAGACAAGUUGGACUAUUUGGACAACAACAACGCCCAGUUCUUCCGCUUGAACUGUAUGAUCCGGAACUGCUGCGGCGGUGUCAGCUCCUGUGGUACAAACGGCACAUGGAUGAUCAAGCAUCCUCAGGGGGAUCUCGUGUGGGAGCGGGAGAGGCGGCGCGUGCGUGACGCUGAGAGCAAGCGGAAGAGCCAGGAGAGUACGUGGAGAGAAGGACCUUCCACGAGAGCUGCAAAGUCGAGGACACCGCGAGCAGUCUGCAGACGGUGCUGCGGGGCCGCCGGUCUCAGUUCAUCAACCGGCGCCUGA